AUGGAAGUCGAUUUCGAGCUGAGCAAUGGCAGUAAAUACAGGAUCGAGGUUGGCUUCUUUGACACAGUUCUGGACAUAAAAGAAAGGCUGGAAAAAUGUUCCGGCAUUCCUGUCAAGCAACAGAGCGUUCUCUUCAACAACACAUUUAUGGAUGAUGAGAAGGAUGUUCAACCUUAUGGGCUGUGGGAAGGUUGCUGCGUGGAGGUUCUCGUCAAUCCCGAAGCCGGGAAGCUUCAGGUGCACGUCAAAGGAUUAGAGGACCUGAUCUUCCUCAAAUUCGACAAAUCAAACACCGUCAACUUCUUGAAGCCGAAGGAGGGAAUUCACGAGCGAAUCGGAGUGCCGGCUAACAGGCUUCUUCUUCUGCAUCAGAAUAGGAAACUUUCGGAUCCAGUGCUCACUCUGGCGGAGUUUGGCGUCUCCGAACAAUCUCGGAUAGAUGUCCUGAUCAAGCCGGCUAAGACUUUAUCUCCGAAAAGACAUAGCACCAUGAAUAUAAUAGUGGAACAAGCAAGGACUAAUAAGGAGGUGUAUGUCGAAGUGAAAUCUACCGACACAGUUAGUGGUUUGAAGGAGAAGCUUCAAGCUCUGGAAAUUGCGGCCGACGAACACUUUUUUGUUCACAACCAAAGUCCCAUGUCCGACAAGAAGACACUUGAAUGGCAUAGAGUCGAAGAAGGGCACGUGUUAACCAUCUUCCAAGGUUCUGUCACUUCGCCCGAGCCCGGCUAUACCGAGCUGGAGGAGGACAUAUAG